GCCCCGCAUGUCCCGUUCCUCUUCCCCCCCGUUCUUCCUCCCUCCCUCCCCAAAAGGAAAAUAAAAAAAUUAAAAAAUAAAUAAAUAAGUCCCUUCGUUGCCAAGGGUAACGGCGCUCCUCCCCUCUGCAAAGGGCGGGAAAUCGCGCCGCCAUGGGGGACAUCCAUGAGGUGCCGCGGCAGCGCAUCGCCACCGCCCACCUGGCGCAGAACAUCGGGCAGCCCGUCUGCUUCGUGGGCCGCAUCGAGAAGAUCCAUCCUAGCGGGAAGCUCUUCGUGCUCUCGGAUGGAGAAGGGAAACACACAACGGUGGAGCUGAACGAACCUCUAGAUGAAGAGCUCUCAGGAGUUGUUGAAGUAGUGGGAAGAGUAACAAAUCAGGCAACCAUCAUGUGCAUGUCAUAUGUCCAGUUCAGAGAAGACAAAAGUCCAUUUGAUCUGGAACUCUACAAUGAAGCACUGAAAAUUAUUCAUGAAUUCCCUGAAUACUUCCCAUUCGGCACUGGGAGGAACAAUUGAUUUUUCUUAGUAUAUAUUUAGAGCUCCAUAGGGGACAGCAGUACCAUGGCUUUCUUGCCUGACAGCAUGGUAACAGUUGCAUUUAUUUCCAACAAAUGUACUGUUAUUUGUUUCAACAAAUAUGCUGUUUUAUGUGCCACAUAUGGCCGGUGAAGAGUGCUAUCUUUGACAAUUUAUGCAGCAAGAAGGAGAACACUUCUGUGGGUAUCUCACUGUCUGUAUAAUGAGGAAUAUUCUUUUGCAAGACUGAACUUGCUAGAAAGUGAAAUUUUUUUUUGGCAUCUUGGUGGUAGAGGUUCUAGGAGACUUUAUAGAAACCUUGUAUGGUAAACAUUUGGUGGGGUUUUAAUGUAAAGACUUUUUUAAAAAAUUUCAUUUGCUAUGAUACAAAUUUAUGGAACAUGGGGAGGUUAUUUUGCAUCUUGUAAAUGAUCUCUUCUCCAAUUAAAAAGAUCAUA